UCCUGAAAGCAAAAUGAAAAAUUUUACUUUAAAGUUCCAUUGUAUAUUUGCUUUUCUCUUGCGCAUAAUUUUGGUAAUUUAUUCAAAAUUUCAUGAUGAAAAUUUUAAUGUAUCAUAUACGGAUGUAGACUAUGAAGUAUUUACGGAUGCAGCCCGAUACAUACUUGAUGGUCUAUCUCCAUUUGAACGUCAUACUUAUCGAUACAGUCCGUUGUUAGCUUUAGUUUUAACGCCAAAUAUAACUUUAUCUGCACAAUAUGGAAAAAUUCUGUUUUCAUUUAUUGACAUUUUAGUUGCACUGCUAAUUUAUAAAUUGGUAGUUAUAAAUAAAUCUCGUGAUGAAAACGUUGCAAUUAAAUGCGCAUGUCUUUGGCUAUAUAAUCCACUAACGAUUGUCAUUUCAACUAGAGGAAAUGCUGACUGUUUGGCUGCAUUUUUAGUAAUUUUAACAUUAUACUUUUUACAAUCAGGAUAUAAUAUAUUAGGUGGUUUGAUACAUGGAAUUUCUAUACAUUAUAGGCUGUAUCCUUUAGCACUCAGUAUGGCCAUGUAUUUUUCUCUUCGAAUUCCUAAUUAUACUUUUGUAAAUAUGAAACAAAUCAAAUUUACUUUUUGCUGCGUCAUGUCUUUAACAAUUUUAACUGCAGUGAGUUAUUAUUUCUACGGUUAUGAAUUUAUUUACGAGAGUUUAAUAUAUCAUUUGAUUAGAAAAGAUACGCGACAUAAUUUUUCUAUUUUCUUUUAUCCCCUUUACUUAUCUAUGGGUAAUUCAUAUUUACAAUUUUUUCGAAUUUUCAAUAACAUUAUUCAACUUGUAUUAUUAACAUCAAUUUCUAUUUUUUAUUCAUCCAAACGAAAUCUAUCAUUUGCUCUAAUGGUGCAAGUAUUUCUUCUUGUAAUAUGUAACACUGUUAUGACGUCACAAUAUUUUUUUUGGUUCUUGUGUUUAUAUCCAUUAUGUUCUCAAAGAUUAAAUUGUAAUCUUUUGCAAACAUUUACACUAUUUGGAAUUUGGAUGUUUUCACAAGGUAUAUGGUUGUUAAUGGCUUAUAUAUUAGAAUUUCAGUCUAUAAAUACUUUUAACUAUAUUUGGAUUGCCAGCAUACUUUUUUUUCUUACUAAUAUUAAGGUUUUAGUUAAUGUGAUUAAAGUUUAUGAAAAAGAUUAAUGUUCGAAUGAAUCAGCUCGACGCUUUCCGUUCAUAUCAUGAUUGAAAUACUAUAGUGAUGAGAAUAAUAAGUUAUUAGACUUUAUUAUUUAAUAAGUUUGAUAAAACUUAUAUUGUCCGUUAGCUUCAAUAGGUAUUAUUUUGCAUGUGACAUAAAAAAAAUAUCUUGUACUAAAAUUUUGGUAUGAAUGAUAUUGAACGGAAAAUUUAAUAAAAAUGAUCUUGUAAUUGUGUUUUAAUCAGCAUUAUAUAAACGGGAGACGUUGACUUAGGCGACGAAGUGCUAAACAUGUAGUUAUAAUUUUUGUAUUAAAUUAACAUAAAAGAGAAAUAAAAAGUUUAUCAAUUUUCUUAAAUCAAAAAAA